AUCACCAUUUACUUCCCUAAAAACACAUUCCCAUCCGAGCGAAGAAAAGAUGUUCCGUCGUGUUCGCGACGCGUCGCCAGAACGAAGGAUGCGAUGGAGCUGUCAGUCGGUACACUGAUCGCACCUUCCUAUCUUAGCUAAACGACGCCGAGCGCCCGCCCGUCAGCGUUGGUUAUUGGCCGGAUGUGUCGUCGGAGUUCGGAAUAUGGCUAGUUCAACAUGCCAGAUAGCAGGCAGCAAGGAUCUCAAGACGACAGCCCUGACGCGGCGUUGCACUUCAAGACGAAAGUCGCUGACGAAGCCUCUAUAUUAAAAUAUUGCAUGCUCAACGUGAUUCAUCCUAUAUCUUCACCGCGAUGGCUUGAUUGCCUGACCUCGUAGAGUGACCAACAUAACAUUUCCAACCAGAUUUUCUGUGCUUUUUAAACUUGCCCUGUGGCGAACAAUCGACAGGAACUCGAUAGGGUUCUUCAAUACGAGGUUCGCCCUGUGGCCACAGCGAAAUUAACUUCAGCCAAAGGCUUUGAUUUCAGGGGACCAAGAUGCCGUUCACUACUGGAGAGGGGAGCUUGCUCCAGAUGAACCAGGGCAACUUCGACUUCAACGUACAGUUUGAGCAGCUGUUCUUCUCUAUCAUCCCGUCCGUCCUAUUCAUCGUGACAUCGUUAUGGCGGACGGUUUCCCAAGCUCGGAAGCCCACUGUGGUCAAUGCUCCAGUUUUCCAGUUGAUAAAAUUGGGCGCUAUUACAACCUAUGUCGGGCUUGAACUUUCACUCCUCAUCUUGGUUGCCGUUGGAUCCUUCCAUGUGACUAGCAUGUUUAUAGCCUCCUCGGUUCUCAAACUCGUGUCAGCCCUAUUUAUGAUUACGCUGAGUCUCGUUGAUCAUAGCAAGAGCCCACGGCCGUCCGUGCUAUUGAAUAGCUACUUGUUCUUGACUCUUCUCCUGGACGCAACCCAAGCGAGGACACUGUUCCUGUCAUCGGGUGACAAGCCCGAGCUCACCUAUAGUAGCAUAUUCAGUGCUGCUAUAGCUCUGAAGGUGGGAAUAUUGGUCCUGGAAGCCCAACGAAAGGCCAAGUGGGUAAGCUGGGAUGAAAAGGAGCACAGUCCGGAAGAGACAAGCGGAAUUUUCUCUCUUGGGGUCUUCUUUUGGCUCAAUAGGAUCUUCCUCGAAGGAUACAGCAAAAUUUUGGCCCUAAAGGACCUUUACCCGCUGGAUAGUACUUUGAGCAGCCAAUAUCUCCACGAGUUGUACUCCAGGAACGUGGAUUACUCCAAGAUGAAGGGCGACAAAUAUGGUCUUGUCAAGGUGCUAAUACGCACACUGAAAGUCCCGAUCCUACUUCCUAUACCUCCACGCAUGGCACUUCUGGGGUUCACGUUUUGUCAACCGUUCUUCCUUGAGAAGCUACUAGACCAUCUAUCCAAGCCGGAGGUCGAGGCAAACGUUGGAUAUGGCUUCAUUGGCGCCAGUAUACUGAUCUACUCGGGAAUUGCCAUUUCCACGGCUCUCUGCUGGUACUUUCACCACAGAAUGCUAGCUAUGUUAAGGUCAAUACUGGUUACUGAGAUCUUUAUCAAAGCUACAGAAGCUCGUAUCGGAACCGGCGAUGAUAGUGCUGCGCUGACAUUAAUGAGCACAGACAUAGAAAGGAUCAACAUGGGCUUUCGGGCAAUGCACGAUGUCUGGGCAAGCAUUAUACAGGUUGCUCUGGCUGGAUGGAUGUUGUACAACCAACUUGGAGUUGUCUUCAUCGCACCUAUAGGAGUUGUUAUACUCUGCUUCGUCGGGUUGGCGAUUCUCAUGAAGUUUAUAGGGGACACGCAGAGACUCUGGAUGGCAGGAGUCCAAAAGCGCGUCGGUUUGACCGCUACAGUCAUCGGUAAUAUGAAGAACCUAAAAAUAUCCGGCCUCGCUGGUGCCAUCGGUGACUUCGUGCAGAAUCUCCGUGUGGAGGAGCUGGCAGCUGGGGCCCGAUUUCGCAAAAUAGGCAUUAUUGCGGCGCUCUUUGGGUUUAUUCCGAUGAUGAUCAGUCCACCGCUAACAUUUGCAUUCGCUCAACGAACACUGGAUGCCACGAGGAUGUUCACGAGUUUGUCUUAUCUUUUGCUUUUAACGGUUCCGCUAUCUCAGAUCUUUCAAACUAUCCCUCAGCUCAUCUCUGGUUUCGCCUGCUUGGGCCGAAUUCAAGCCUUUGUAGAGUGCGAGACGCGCAACGACUUUCGCGAAGUUCUGGCUGAUAUGAGACGGAAUUCAGAGAAACCCCAGGCAGUUGCGAUGGCUUCGGUUGAUUCAGAACCCGACCUAUCAUAUCCUAUUGUUAUAAAGAACGGAAUGUUUGGCUGGGAAGAGGACAAGUUCGCCUUGCGAAACAUAAAUACUCGAGUAGCAAAAUCAUCGCUUACAAUUGUCGUUGGACCAGUUGGGUCGGGAAAAUCUACGCUUUGCAAGGCACUGCUUGGAGAGAUUCCAUUCAGCAAAGGUAGCGUGGUGUUGAGCACUAGAUUCCCCCACGUUGGAUUUUGUGACCAAACGGCAUUCCUCUCAAACAAGACAAUCAGGGACAACAUUAUUGGGUUCUCUCCGUUUGAUAAUGAGAGAUAUUCUGAAGUCAUCGAGGCUACGGCUCUGGGUUUUGACUUCGACACACUCCCACAGGGCGACAGAACGAAUGUCGGGUCUGAUGGGAUUACAUUAUCCGGGGGACAGAAACAGCGCAUUUCGCUCGCGCGAGCUCUGUAUUUGCACUCAGAUCUGCUUGUUCUAGAUGAUAUUUUCAGUGGCUUGGAUGCAGAUACCGAGGAACAGGUCUUCCGCCUAGUCUUCGGACCAGAUGGACUUCUCAGACGGCGACGAUCUACUGUUGUGCUGUGCACUCACAGCAUCCGACACUUACCAGCGGCGGAUUACAUCAUAGCUCUUGGAGACGGCAGCGUUGUCGAGCAAGGUAACUUCGAAACGUUAAUGGCCCGUCCAGGAUAUGUGCAUAGUCUGGGGUUGAAAAGCUCUUCGGACAGCGAUGCUUCGUCGGAGAAAUCGGUAUUGAAAAAAGAGACGAAGCAGCAACUGCUCCACACAACGACAACCAACACAUCAUCGCUUGCGGCGGACGCAGAUGGAUCACGGCAAGUUGGCGAUAAGACGGUAUACAAGCAUUAUUUUAAAAGCAUGGGGUUGCUCCUAGCUGCAUCCUGUUUUUUGUUUGGUCUUUUCUGGGGUUUCUUCACAAACUUUCCAACAAUUUGGCUCAAAUUUUGGUCUGAGGACGUCUACUCGGAACACCCGGCUCAUACUUAUUCCUACUAUGCCGGACUAUAUGCGAUGUUUCAAAUAUGUGGCUUGCUAUCGCUGCUGCUUCUCGGCGUCGCUAUCAUAAUAGUUUCUGUGCAGAGAGCGGGCGCAAAUCUCCACCAAGAUGCCUUGCGCACACUUAUUAAAGCACCACUGAGCUUCUUCACUGGAACGGAUACUGGUGUCGUCACGAAUCUAUUUUCGCAAGAUCUGAAUCUUAUAGACACAGAGCUGCCAAAUGGAUUGCUGAACACUUUGUUUUCCAUUUUCAGCGCACUUGGACAAGCGGCUGUAAUGCUCACUUCGUCUCCGUAUAUGGCCAUAAGCUACCCAUUCCUCGGCGUCCUACUGUAUAUCGUGCAGCGAUUCUACCUGCGAACCUCCCGGCAGCUGAGGUUGUUAGACCUUGAGGCAAAAAGCCCCUUGUACACGCAUUUUAUUGAUACGGUAAAGGGGAUUACAACCCUGAGAGCUUUUGGAUUUCUCCCCGACGACCUCCAAAAGAACGCUGCUCUGAUUAAUUCCAGCCAAAGGCCCGCAUAUCUCCUCGUGAUGAUCCAACAGUGGCUAAACCUUGUUCUCGACCUCGUCGUCAUGGUGAUGGCCGCGAUCCUGACCACUCUUGCCGUUCAGCUACCAUCAUCCAACUCCGGUUUCACUGGUGCUUCGCUCGUCACGCUCAUGAGCUUUGGCGAAAAUCUUUCGGGCUUCGUCAUAUUCUAUACCAGGCUAGAAACGUCCAUCGGUGCCAUUGCUAGACUCAAGACAUUCAAUGAAACAGUGAAGCCAGAAGACAGAGACGAUGAGGAUAUCGUCCCACCAGAGCAGUGGCCGCAGCGCGGUGUGAUUGAGCUGAAUGACGUAUCCGCUCAUUACUCCACUGAUAUCACAUCCUCUCCCGCCCUCCGUAACAUAACUCUCACCAUACCCGCCGGUUCUAAAGUCGCCAUCUGCGGCCGCACAGGCAGUGGAAAAUCCAGCCUUCUUGCCUUCCUGCUCAAGCUACUCGACCCCCUCCCAUCUUCCCCAGGUACCGCAUUUAUCGACUCCACGCCGUUACACCUCGUCUCUCGCCCCGCACUUCGCACGCGUAUAAUCGCCGUGCCCCAGGACGCCGUCUUCCUACCGGAUGGGUCGACAUUCAAAGCGAACCUGGACCCUGUCGGCGUCUCUACAGCAGCAGAUUGCCAAGCUGUCCUUGUGGCUGUGGAGCUUUGGCCGUUCGUUUUGGAGCGAGGUGGACUCGAUGCGGGUAUGAGCGCGGGGACGAUGAGUGCAGGGCAGAGACAGUUGAUGUCACUUGGACGAGCAUUGCUACGGCGGCGGGUGCGGGCACGGAAUCUGGGGAUGGGGUCCGAUGGUUCGGAGGGAGGAGUAUUGUUACUGGAUGAGGUGAGCUCGAGUGUAGACCACGAGACGGAGAGAGUGAUGCUAGAUGUUAUCAAGGCGGAGUUCAAGGACUACACUGUUGUGGCGGUCAGCCAUCGGCUGGAGAUGGUUAUGGAUUUCGAUACGGUUGUUGUGAUGGAUACUGGGGAGAUUGUGGAGGUUGGGGAACCGAGAGCUUUGGCUGGACAGGAUGGGAGUAGAUUCGGGGAGCUGGUGAAGGCAGGUGGGAUGUAAGUGGGGUAUAUGAUAUUCUAAUAAAUAGUUCGGGGGUAUAGGGGUAAUACUGCCGAGUUAGCUUCUGAUUACAUAUUGGUUAUUUUAUAAGCCCACCAUACCAAAGUAUAAUUCCGCA